AUGAAGCUGACCAAAGAGCUGUGUAUUGGAGGAGCCGUGUUCCUUACCUGUGGGAUCAUUGGAGCUGCCAUAACUUGGGCAUUUCUAAGAAGCCCCGAGGUGUCUCCCGCUCAUGAGAUCCUGUCGUCUCUGGACUGGUGGGAGCAUUGCGUGCUGUACCAGAUCUACCCCAGGUCUUUUAAGGACAGUGAUGGUGAUGGCAUUGGAGAUUUGAGAGGUAUCAUCAAUGAGCUGAAUCAUUUUGUAGAAUCAGGAGUGGAUGCCGUCUGGAUGUCACCGAUCUUCGAGUCCCCCAUGGUAGACCUUGGUUAUGACAUCAGCAAUUAUUACAACAUUCAUUACGAGUACGGAACUAUGGAAGAUUUUGAAGAGCUGAUUAAGAAAGCCCAUGAAUUAGGUCUAAAAGUCCUAUUGGACUUUGUUCCGAACCAUGCUAGCAUCGAAUCUGAAUAUUUCCAAAGAUCUGAGGCUGGUGAACCUGAGUUUAGAGACUUCUUUGUGUGGGCCGAGCCUGUCUGGGAAGACUCGGACUUAGGCAAUGAGUCACAGCGGCAACCACCUUCGAAUUGGGUGAGUCUUUUUGGAGGGUCAGCUUGGGAGUGGAGCGAGUCUCGACAGAAGUACUACUUGCACCAGUUCGCUACAGAACAAGCAGAUUUCAACUUCAGAAACCAGGCUGUGAAGGAUGAAAUGCUUAACAUCAUGAAGUUUUGGCUAGAUAAAGGGGUAGAUGGAUUUAGGCUUGAUGCGAUGCCUUAUUUAAUAGAAGCGAACCCUGAUGACUUCGACGGUUGGUAUCCAGAUGAACCGCUGAGUGAAAAUUCCAAAUUCAAUUCUAACCAGCUUGGAUAUACUGUUCCAAUAUAUACUAAGGAUCUUAUAGAAUUGUACGAUGUACUUUACGAAUGGAGGAAAUUUGUCGAUAAUUACAGAACUACUAAUGGUGGUGACACACGAGUUCUGUUCUCCGAGGCUUACGCCAACAUCUCUAUGACAAUGCUUUACUACGGCGGCGAUGCCAGCUCUCUCGGCUCCCACUUCCCCUUCAACUUCGGUUUCAUCACGGAUUUGAGUGACAAGUCUGACGCCAGGGAUUUCGUCUACGCUAUCCUCAAGUGGCUCACUUAUAAACCUAGUGGGAGCGUCGCUAAUUGGUUGUUCAGUAACCACGACAAUAAUAGAAUGGCCUCUCGAUUUCGUGGAGACAUGGUGGAUGGUUUGAAUGCUCUCAUCAUGAUGUUGCCUGGUGUAGCAGUCACUUACCAAGGUGAAGAGAUUGGAAUGAAAGACGGCUUCGUGUCUUGGGAAGAUACGAUGGAUGUCGAAGCUCGCAACAAAGGCGACAACGAAACUUAUCUCAAAUACUCCAGAGACCCAGCGCGUACUCCUUUCCAUUGGAACAACGGCACCAGUGCGGGAUUCUCCACCAAUGAGGUCACAUGGCUUCCCGUAGCUGAUGACUACGUGGUCAUCAACUUGGCAGAGCAGAAGGCUAACAACAGGAGUCAUUACAAAAUAUACCAGUCACUAACACGCCUGCGCAAAGAACCAUCCUUAUCACAUGGCAAAUACAAAAUCAACACAUUGUCAAAAAGAACUCUCUUCGUAAUUAGGAAACUCAAAGGGUACGAUUCCUUCACCAUGGUAUUCAACGUGAGCAAUGAAGAAGAUGAAGUGGAUUUGAACAGGAUUCCUCAUGUGAAAUUACCUGCUAGAGUUAUAAUAUCCAGUGGCUUUUCAAAUUUUCAGGAGGGAAUGUCAAUAAAGCGAAACAUCCUGAAACUAAAACCUGGUGAAACUAUUGUAUUUCGUUCGACUCCGAAAAAAACGUGUUGAAUAAAAUAAAAGAAUUUCAAU